AUGGCUGCUGCUGCUGCCGCCGCCGCGGCGCUGGAUCCCAGCAACAGCUCGAAAAACACUCUCAAGAUAGAGAAUUUUGAUAAACGAAACACCCUCCAGGCAAUUGAGAAGAAAUACCAGCAACAAUGGAAGGACAACAAGGUGUUCGAGGUCGACGCGCCCUCUCUUUCGGAAAUUCCGGCCGGGUCGAUGUCUGCAGAAGAGAUUCAUACGAAACAUCCAAAGUUCUUUGGCACUAUGGCGUAUCCCUACAUGAACGGCACUUUGCAUGCAGGGCACUCGUUCACUGCCUCGAAGGUCGAAUUCAUGACUAGUGUUGCUCGGAUGCAGGGUAAACGGGCUCUGUUUCCCUUGGGUUUCCACUGUACGGGAAUGCCGAUUCUGGCAUGCGCCGAUAAACUGAAGGAUGAGAUCAAAAAAUUUGGCACAAAGUUUGAAGGCUACAAAGAGGAGGAAGCUGUUCCAGAUCAACCUCCUGCUCCGACACAGGAUACUGCUGUUGACCCAACAAAGUUCUCUGGCCAGAAGAGCAAGGCUGCCGCAAAGACAAUCAAAGCAAAGUACCAGUUUCAGAUUAUGCUGAGUAUCGGUAUUCCCCUGGAGGAAAUUCACAAGUUCUCCGAUGCCCACUACUGGCUUCAAUACUUCCCGCCUCUGGCUAUUCGUGACUUGGAUAGCUUGGGCGCGAAAGUUGACUGGCGUAGGCAAAUGGUGACGACUGAUGCAAACCCCUACUAUGAUGCUUUUGUGCGCUGGCAGAUGAACCGCCUCCAUGAGAAGGGAAAGAUCUUGUAUGGAAACCGGUAUACGAUUUAUUCCCCCAAAGAUGGACAGCCUUGCAUGGACCACGACCGAACAGAAGGAGAAGGUAUCGGACCACAAGAAUAUACGGCAUUGAAAGUCAAGGUGACGGAAUGGUCGCCUGCGGCCGCCGAGCUCGUCAAAGGCAAGAUUGAGGAUGACGCCAACGUUUACUUCGUCCCUGCUACUUUGCGUCCAGAGACCAUGUACGGCCAGACGGCCAUAUUCUUGGGACCCAAGAUCACAUAUGGUAUCUUCAAGGUCGGGGAAAAGGAAUACUACAUUGUGACCAAGAGGGCAGCCUGGAACAUGGCUUUCCAGGGUAUUUUCUUCGACAGCGACCACUUCCCCAAAACUCAAGACCAGCUACCCUUGGUUGCUGAAGGCCCAGGCUCUACCUUUAUUGGCACUGGCCUCUCCGCACCUCUGUCUGUUCAUGAGACUAUUAGAAUCCUGCCAAUGGAAACUGUGUCCGCCACCAAGGGAACCGGCGUUGUGACCUCUGUUCCAUCGGACAGCCCUGAUGACUAUGCCACGAUUGCCGACUUGGCGAAGAAAGCUGAUUAUUACGGAAUCAAGAAAGAAUGGGCAGAGCUCGAGAUUCCGCCGAUCAUCGAGACUCCAACCUACGGAAACUUGACCGCCCCGGCCUUGGUGAAACAGAUGAAGAUCAAUUCGCCCAAAGAUGCGACUCAGCUCGCUCUGGCCAAGGACCUUGCAUAUUCUGAAGGUUUCUACAAGGGUACCAUGCUUGUUGGCGAAUUCAAAGGAGAGGCUGUUCAGACUGCCAAGGACAAAGUACGCCAGUCUCUCGUCAAGGAUGGCGCUGCUUUUGCAUUCGCAGACCCUUCGGGCAAAGUUGUCAGUCGAAGCGGGGAUGACUGUGUUGUUGCUUACUUGGGCCAAUGGUUCUUGAACUACGGUGAAAAUGAUGCCGAGUGGCAGAAAACAACCCUGAACCACGUCGUCAAUGGAAUGAACACCUACUCUGUGGAAACACGGAACGGAUUUGAAAAGAACCUCGACUGGUUGAACCGAUGGGCUUGUGCAAGAACCUAUGGUCUCGGCUCUAGGCUUCCAUGGGAUCCGCAGUUCUUGGUUGAGAGUUUGAGUGACAGUACCAUCUAUAUGGCAUACUAUACCAUCUCUCACUUGCUUCACGGAGACCGCUUUGGCAAAACCCCGGGUUUGCUACCAGAUGUCAAGCCUGAGAAUAUGAUUGAUGAUGUAUGGGACUACAUCUUUACAAGGCGUGAGCUUGACGACGACCUUAUUCAAAAGAGUGGUAUCAGCAAAGAAAACUUCCUCCGCCUGAGACGCGAGUUUGAAUACUUCUAUCCCCUUGACGUCCGAGUCAGUGGCAAGGACCUCAUCCAAAACCAUCUUACUUUCCUUCUCUACAUCCACGUUGCCCUUUUCCCGGAAGAGUUAUGGCCCCGCAGCAUUCGCAUCAACGGUCACUUGUUGCUUAACGGAGAGAAGAUGAGCAAGAGCACGGGUAACUUUUUGACAUUGAAGGACUCGGUGGACAAGUACGGAGCAGAUGCGACUCGUAUUGCUUUUGCUGAUGCAGGUGAUGCUAUCGAGGAUGCCAAUUUUGAUGAGACUGUUGCCAACAGCAACAUCUUGCGUCUCUUUACCCUCAAAGAAUGGAUUGAAGAGGUUUCCAAAGAUGAUACUCUUCGCACUGGCCCUACAGAUGUCUUAUGGGACAAGCUGUUCACUAAUGAACUCAACGCUCUCGUCCGUGAGGCCAAGACCCAUUACGAUGAUACCAACUUCAAACUCGCCCUCAGGUCGGCAUUGUAUGACUUUGUCGGUGCUCGUGACACAUACCGUGAAGCGACGACGGCUGCUGGCAUUGGAAUGCACCGGGAUGUUGUGACUCGAUACAUUGAGCUUCAAGCCCUCAUGCUUGCGCCAAUUGCCCCUCACUGGUCUGAGUACGUGUGGUUGGAGGUGCUAAAGAAGGGUGAUACUAUUCACCACCAAGUCUUCCCGGAAGUGCCUGAAGCAGAUGUAGGGCUCUCUGCGGCCGCGGCGUAUAUCCGCUCUACAUCCUCUAGCAUCACCUCGUCAGAAUCAAACUAUACCAAAAAGCUCUCCAAGGGCCGGAACGUCUCUUUCGAUCCUCGCAAGCCGAAGAAGAUCACUAUCUACGCCGCCAAGAAUUUCCCCGCAUGGCAAGAGAAAUACAUCGACCUCGUGCGCGAGUCGUUUGACAGCUUGAAAUUGACGGUGGAUGACAAGGGACUGAACGCCAAGGUGGGCAAGCUCGGCGAGAUGAAGAAGGCGAUGCCUUUUGUGCAGGGCUUGAAGAGACGCCUAAUCAACAGCCGCGAGGCCCCCGACACCGUCUUCAGCAGGAAGCUGCCAUACGAUGAGAUUGCCAUCCUUCAAGAACUCGUCACGGGCAUCAAGCGCACGACCGGCGCCAAGGAAAUCGAGAUUAUUUCUGUGGACGAGGGCGGCAAGAGUGGCACUGUUGUUGGCACUGGCGAGAAGAGAGAAAACCUCCAGGGCGAGAAUGCGGUGCCGGGCCAACCGAGCUUCACGUUCGUCAACAUCGAGUAG